AUGAAAGGCAUCAAAUGGAACAAGAAGCAUUCACCGUUGAACCUUACAGCACAGCAGGAGUCAAAAUUCCGCCACCUGGCACGCGAUUUGGUGCGUGAGACGUUGGCACAUGCCGAUUCGUUUCAAAAAUUGCCGGAGUCCGAACGGGACUUGGCCAAACACACAGGAUGGAAAAGGGUCAAGACCCGAGCCAACUUGACGGUCUUCAAGGAGCGACACCCGCCCAAAAUAAUCACCGGGACGUGCUUCGACACUCCGGAGCACCAGCGACUCAUCGAAAACAAGUGGAAGACGCCUCGACUGAUGAUGAGCGUGGGUUCAAUUGGUAGCUCGCUUGACGACGUCAUGUACGGUGUCGUAAUGGCCGAUGCCCAAGACAUGAUGCUAAAAACUGCCAUAAUGCGCAAUUUGCUUACGGACGGCGCUGUACUAGCGCAGAUUGACGGACCUUCGUCCGACGUACCGUUCCGGUUUCUUGGAAUCAAGUGGCUCGUCCGAGGACCUCCCGCCAUAUUUCGGGGCUUUGUGCAGCUGCAAGACUUGGUAGUCAUCGAGGCAACGGGGGUCUUCACGCGCUCCAAUGGCGACCGCAUCGGUUAUCAAGUACUGCACUCGGUGGACUUGGACGGAUAUGACACGCUACCUGGACACUGUUUGAUGCGCGGGAGAAUCUCAAGCUGUAACAUCUUUAUAGAGAAACAGAGUGGGCGACGAGUUGACGUGUACGUUCGCGGCUACGCGGAGAAGCACGGCAAACUGUUAAAUUCGGUGGUUCUCAAAACGGCGUCAACGGAAUUUCUGAGCGCAUGCAAUGCUGCCGAAUGUAGCCAGGUCAAGAAGCUUCAGUGGUUUCUUGAAAACCCACAACGUGUGACUUGGGAGCAAGACGCAGCGAUGUGCUCCCAGGGCCCCGUCGCUGGAACACCGAUGCUAUCGCACGCCAGUACGAGCUAUACUGAGUCAAGAAGCAUCUUUUUGCAUAGCUCCACUGCAAUCAGUCUCAAUGAUCGCUUGAACGUCAAGAGCGUGUCAUUUGCCGGUCUGGCAAAAGUUCGACUUGAGCCUGUGAUAAGUAUCGCAAAGCAGGAAAUCUGCGAAGGCCGCUACCGCUGUUGUCUCAGCAACCAGUUUCGGCAGGCACCAUCUGUCAUUGCACAGGCGCCAUGGUCCGCAGUACCCUCACCGUCCUGUAGAUAUGCCAGCGCAGACCCUACUUCAGAAUCGAACUUCUUCAUGGCAGAUCCGAAUGCAACUACACACUCAAACGUUGAUUCCUCAGGCAGUGCUGUCAGCGCCAUGGUUCUUCAGUGUCUACACCAGCUUGAGCAGCAACAAGGUCAGGUUCCUAACGCUUGUCUUGAACGCUCUAGGUCUUGCUGGUUUGGUCGUCACAAGAAGCGGAAGCAGGUGAAUGACGAGUGGAGGCCAGUGCUGUUCGAAGAAUCUACGAUGCUUCGUGAGUGCCAGUCGAGAACUCUUUCGCAAUGUUCGACGGUUGCCAAUUCUAUGAGCACAACCUCACCUAUCAAUUCGUUCAGCUGGCCUUUGUCCAUCCAAGACAGCGAGAGAUACACCACCGUGGACGAAAACAACGAGGACGGCUGGUCCAUCACUCCCGCGUUUACAGAGACCACACAAGAGCGCCAACAAUUGUGGCAACAAUUGACGGAGUUGCAAAUUGCCGUGGAAAACACGUACCAGAUUGCAAAGCGUACAACAGCUUCUUGCUGCGGUCUGGGCUUCAGCUCCGUUGGAGAAAGAACAAGUGAACAGAUUUAA